AUGGGGCAGCAGUUCAGCCUGGACGGAGAGGAGGGAGAGGCAGCGGGUGAGAUGGGCGUGGCGGAGCUCCAGGAGUGGUACAAGAAGUUCGUGAUGGAGUGCCCCAGUGGCACACUCUUCAUGCACGAGUUUAAGCGCUUCUUCAAGGUCACGGACAACGAAGAGGCCAGCCAAUAUGUAGAGGGCAUGUUCCGAGCCUUCGAUAAGAACGGGGACAACACCAUCGACUUCCUGGAGUACGUGGCAGCCCUGAACCUCGUGCUGAGGGGCACCCUGGAGCACAAGCUGAAGUGGACUUUCAAGAUCUACGACAAGGACGGCAACGGCUGCAUCAACCGCACAGAGCUCCUGGAAAUCGUGGAGGCGAUUUACAGCCUGAAGAAAGCCUGCCGGGUGGAAGUGGAGGCAGACCAGCCGGGCCAGAUGCUCACGCCCGAGGAGGUGGUGGACAGGAUCUUCCUCCUGGUGGAUGAGAACGGAGACGGCCAGCUCUCUCUGAACGAGUUCGUCGAGGGUGCCCGUCGUGACAAGUGGGUGAUGAAGAUGCUGCAGAUGGACGUGAACCCCAGCAGCUGGAUCUCGCAGCAGAGGCGGCAGAGUGCCAUGUUCUGA